AUCCUUCAUCCCUCUGUCCUCCACCUUCCAACCUUCAUUUUUCACUAUAAAUACAAAGAGUUUUUUCUUGCCACCUUCAUUCCCAUCUCUCUCUCCCCCCCCCCCCUCUCUCUCUCUCUCCCCCCCUCUCCCUCACCCUCUCAUCUCUCUCUCCCUCUCCCUCUCUCUCUCUCCCUCCCUCCCUCCCUCUCUCUCUCUCUCUCUCAUCUCUCUCUCCCUCCGUAUAUGAUUAUGUCUAAGAAUAUUUCUGGUCGAGUAUAUAUUAUAAUGUCAUUCCUCAUAUCUAGUUUAAUAUCGGUUCUAGGGAGGUACUUGAACCCACUGAUUAGUAUAAAAUCUAGCUCAUCAAUUCCUAAUCACGGAACUCUCUCAGUUAAACUCGCACCUAAGCUUCACUUCACUUCUGACGCCAUCAAGAUGGCCUCCACCGACUUCGGCAAAAUAAUAACCUCAAAUAUCCCAUCAGCAGUCCUCUUCCCUUCCCACAUUGACGACAUAAAAAACCUAAUAACUCUCUCAUACAACUCAACCACUCCUUUCCCCAUCGCGGCAAGAGGCCACGGCCAUUCCGUGAGAGGACAAGCCACCGCCCGUGACGGAGUUGUGGUGGAUAUGAAAUCUUUGAGUAAUAGUCACGUGGGAACUAGGGUUUCCUGGACUUCGUCAUUAGGGUACUACGCUGACGUCGGAGGCGAGCAGCUCUGGAUCGAUGUUCUAUGUGCCACACUUGAGCAUGGCCUUGCUCCGGUGUCAUGGACUGAUUAUCUGUAUCUAACUGUUGGUGGUACUCUCUCUAAUGCCGGAAUGAGCGGCCAGGCGUUCUAUUAUGGGCCUCAGAUCAGCAACGUCCUUGAAUUGGGCGUCAUAACCGGAAAAGGCGAGUUCUUUACAUGCUCAAAGCACACAAACAGUGAGCUAUUCUAUGCAGUUCUAGGAGGUCUUGGUCAGUUCGGGAUUAUAACCCGAGCGAGAAUCGUACUCGACAAGGCACCCAAACGAGUAAAAUGGGUGCGCAUGCUUUACCAUGAUUUCUCCGCUUUUACGAGAGAUCAAGAGCACUUGAUUUCGAUUACGGGGCUGGACUACGUAGAAGGUCAUUUACUGAUGAACCAGAGUUCUGCAAAUAAUUGGAGAUCUUCUUUCUUCUCGCCUAAUGAUGUAUCCAACAUAGCUUCUCUAAUCACUCAGCAUAAGAUCAUCUACUGCUUAGAAGUCGUCAAGUAUUACGAUGAUUUCACAACGCACACUAUAGACAAGGAGCUAAAAGUUUUGCUUGAGGGGUUAAGCUUUAAUCCAGGUUUCGUGUUCGAGAAAGAUGUUACAUUCAUGGAUUUUCUCAACAGAGUCCGAAGCGGAGAGCUGCAGCUUCAGUCUCAGGGACUAUGGGAUGUUCCUCAUCCAUGGCUAAAUCUCUUCGUGCCAAAAUCCCGAAUUUUCGACUUCCAUCAAGGUGUUAUUGUAAACAUGAUCCAUGCGCGAAACAUAACUAGAGGACUUGUUCUUCUCUACCCAACCAACCGAAAAAGGUGGGAUGAUAGAAUGUCUGCAGUCACACCAGAUGAAGAUAUAUUUUAUUCGGUAGGAUUAUUAUGUUCCGGUGACAACGAUAAUUGGAAGGCCAUGGAUGAACAAAACAAAGAUAUACUGGAGUUCUGUGAGAAAGCGGGGAUCAGAUUUAAGCAGUAUCUUCCGCAUUACACAACCAGAGAAGAGUGGAUCGAUCAUUUCGGAGAGAAGUGGAGUAUUUUUCAGGAGAGGAAGACUAUGUUUGAUCCGAAGAUGAUACUGUCUCCUGGGCAAAGAAUUUUCCAUCAUGUUUAGAGCAUUAUGUCCCACACGUACUACGUAUUUAGAUAACUUAGGUGAAUACGUAUUUUCCAUCCGAAGAUGAAUUAUGUUUUAGCACAGUGGUACUAUCAUUUAGUAGUAGUACUAGUUUGAUACAAAGUUAAUUUUAGUGUCUCUGUUAUGAC